UCGUCCUGCAGCAUUCUGUUUCUCUGGAUAAGUUUCUAUUCCUGUCAAACCAAAAGGAAACUUAAACCCAGCCUCUCCCAGACUGCUUUAACUGGUUUUUCUUCUUGUCAAACUUCACUCCACUGGUCUCUCUGACUUCAUAUAACCAGGUCCAAACCAGCGUCUGCUCUCAGACUGAGAACUUUCCAGGAGAACCUCUCAGAGACGCUGGAGAAGCUUCAAUAUCCAGAAACCUUCAGAGACUGGCACAGAAAACAGCUGCAGCAUGAGUUCUACUGAGACUUUGGAGUCUGGACUGAGAGCCCUGCAGUGCCACUUUACCUGGGAUCUGGAGGCCAGCCGGCAAAACCUGAUCUACCUCAGGUAUGGAUUAAAGGACAUCGGCACAGAUGAGGGGAACUUCUGGCUGGGUCCCAUUUACAACCUCCUGGGGUUCAUCCAGAACCAGCUGGGCUCCCCUGAAGAGGCUCUGAGCUCCUUUAACCUGGCCACUGAGACCUUCCAGCGGCAGAAACACGCUGAUGAAGGUCCCUGGUUGAUGGUGAACUUUGGCAAUCUGGCUUGGCUGCACCACCUGAUGGGUGAAGAUGAGAAGAGUCAGGACUACCUGUCAAAGGUGGAUGCUCUACAGAAGAAGAAGGAGGAGCUCCACCCAGAGGUGUGUGCUGAGAAGGCCUGGACCCUGAUGAAGUUCGACAAAGAGAAGGAGCAGCAGGCUGCAGAGCUCUUCCAGAGAGCCAUCCAGAUGCAGCCAGAUGUGGUGGAGUGGCAGAGCAGCUACGCCAUAUUAAGAGCACAAACCUUAGAAGCAGAGAUAAAGAAGCUGUAUGCUGACAGGUUGGAGGAGCUGAGAUCUGCCAAAGAACGAGAUCCAGAUAACUUGUGUGUCGCUGCUCUUUAUCUGGGAGCUCAGGCUGCUGCGAUUAAGCAAGAAGCAAGAGAAUUAGCUGAAAGGGUUCUAGAAAGGCCCAUGAACAACUUCAGUGGCAUCGACCCACUACUGACACUUUUCAAAAAGCACAUAUCUGCAGACGAAGCUGUUGAAAUAGUCAAGGAGGCCCUGAGGAGAAAUCCUGAUUCACGUUAUACAAAAAGAUCUGCUGCAAAAUGGUACACCAAGAAGAUCUUCUCUGAGCGAAGCAAUCCUGAUUCCACGAGGAUCGACAGAGCAAUCAGUCUGUGGGAGGAAGUGAUUGCUGCUUAUCCUCAAUCUUCCCUUAAAGAAAAGAUAUCUUUAGCAGACGUAUAUGCAAAGAAAGACAAAGACAAAGCUGACCAGAUUUACAAAGAGCUGCUGGACCAAAGAGAUCUGGAUCCAGCAGAAAAGCAGAUGCUGUUCUGUCGCUACGCGAAGCAUUUAUACUUCAGCAAUAAUGAAAAAAGCAGCUCUAUUGAGUUCCACCUGGAAGCAGCGAAGAUUCCAGAAGAAUCAAAGUACCGACAGAAUAGCAUCAGAGAGCUGGAAAAGACUCUGGAAAGAAAUGACGACACGGAAAUGUGCGAAAAAAUAAAAGAGUUUUUGACAACUCUGAACGUUCAGCCAUCAGAACCGAGUCAGGAAUAAAUAUCUUACACUGAUAUAAGUUAUUAAAAUGUUUCACAUUAAUGUAAAACAAAGUUAGAAUAAAGUAAAUAUUGAAUUUGUUUGUUCAAGCAGCUGAGAGGUUUUGCUGCAUAUGCUGUAAACUGUUAACAAUUAGAAGAGUAAUAAA